GCUGUCACGGGGCGAGCGGGCCGCACCGGGCUCCUGCGGGGCGGGGGCGGCGCUGCGCGGGGCCCCGCGGCUUCCCUUCGGUCUGGCCAAGGCCGCCCGGCGGCAUCCGCGCUCUGCCACCAUGUUCAGGCGGAUUCUGCAGCGGACUCCAGGCAGAGGCGGGUCUCAGAGCUCGGAUUCGGAUUCAUCUGCCACACCUGGAAAUGCCGUUGAUGUGAACAACGAAGGCUCCUCUGAGGGCUUCAUCUGUCCACUAUGUAUGAAAGUGUGUGUAACUCCCACUGAUCUGUCUGAACAUUACAAGAGUGAGCACACUGGGAUAGAAGGAAGACAGGAGCUUCGUGACCUCCCAGCUAUUAGUGGCUUUAUUUGUCCUCUUUGUAUGAAGUCUCAUGGAUCAGCUGAGGAGCUGUUCAAACACUAUGAAGCGGUUCAUAAUUCUGGCAUUGAUUCAACUCAUGGAGGGGAAGGUCAUCUGUCACCGGAAAGAGAUGAAGUAUCACUGCUCCGACAAGAAGUCCAAGACUUGCAAGCUUCACUGAAGGAGGAGAGGUGGUAUUCAGAAGAGCUGAAGAAAGAACUAGAGAAAUUGCAGGGGCAGCGGCAGCAAGAUUCUAAGUCUGAUGGAUUGACAACAGCUACAUCUACAGAAUCAUUAGAACGGCAACUAGAAGAGAUCCAAGUAGAAAAUUUUAACAUUAAGCAAAUGAAAGACUUAUUUGAGCAAAAAGCAGCGCAACUGGCCACUGAAAUUGUGGAUCUUAAAUCAAAGUAUGAUGAAGAAAUCAGCCUUCGGGAAGGUGCAGAACAGAAAGUGACAAACCUGAGACAAGAACUGCAAAAAGAGAGAAGUACGGUGGAAGACUUAAAGACAGAGCUGCUUCAAAGGCCUGGUGUGGAAGAUGUGGCUGUUCUGAAAAAGGAGCUGGUUCAAGUUCAGACACUGAUGGAUAGAAUGACUCUGGAACGUGAAAGAGAAUCUGAAAAACUGAAAGAUGAGUGCAAGCACUUGCAGGCAGAGCAGGCUAACUCUGAGGCUACCAUUAAUCAGUUAAGAGCUGAACUUGCCAAAGGACCUCAAGAGGUGGCUGUGUAUGUUCAGGAGCUGCAAAAACUUCAAAGUUCAGUCAAAGAGCUAGAACAGAAAAACCAGAAUCUGACUGAGAAGCUGCUGAAGAAAGAACAGGACUACACCCAGCUAGAAGAAAAACACAAUGAAGUAUCUGUGAGUAAGAAGAAUGUGCAGGCAAGUUUUCACCAGAAGGACCUGGACUGCCAACAGCUUCAGGCAAAGCUGUCUGCAUCUGAAGCCUCGGUACAGAGAUUACAGACAGAGCUAGGUGAGAAGGGGGAAGCAAGCCAAAAACUUAAAGAAGAGUUGUCCGAAGUAGAGACAAAGUAUCAGCAUCUCAAGGCGGAAUGUAAACAGCUCCAGCAGCAGAGGGAGGAAAAAGAGCAGCAUGGCCUGCAACUCCAAAGUGAGCUCAGUCAGUUGCACAGUAAACUUCUGGAAACAGAGCGCCAGUUGGGGGAAGCUCAUGGACGGCUGAAGGAGCAGAGGCAGCUGUCCAGUGAGAAACUGAUGGAUAAGGAGCAGCAGGUGGCUGAUCUACAGUUAAAACUUUCUCGUGCUGAAGAGCAGCUAAAGGAAAAAGCAGCAAAUUCCACAGAAUUGCAACAUCAAUUAGAUAAGGCAAAACAACAGCACCAGGAACAGCAGACGGUUCAGCAAAAUACAACAGCAAAACUACGAGAAGCCCAGAAUGAUCUGGAGCAAGUACUACGACAAAUUGGAGAUAAGGACCAAAAAAUUCAAAACCUUGAGGCUUUGCUUCAAAAAAGCAAGGAAAACAUCUCUCUGCUAGAAAAGGAAAGAGAGGACUUAUAUGCAAAAAUUCAAGCUGGUGAAGGAGAAACUGCUGUUCUUAACCAGCUACAAGAGAAAAACCAUGCAUUGCAAAUACAGGUAACUCAGCUGACAGAGAAGCUGAAGAAUCAGUCGGAAAGUCAUAAACAAGCCCAAGAGAAUUUGCACGAACAAGUGCAGGAACAAAAGGCACAUUUAAGAGCUGCUCAAGAUCGUGUGCUUUCCCUAGAAACAAACAUCACUGAACUAACCAGUCAGCUAAAUGAAAGUAAAGAGAAAGUGUCACAACUCGAUGUGCAGGUAAAAGCAAAGACGGAAUUGCUACUUUCAGCAGAAGCAUCAAAAGCUGCUCAAAGAGCGGAUCUUCAGAACCAUCUGGACACAGCUCAGCAUGCACUGCAAGAUAAGCAACAGGAGUUAAAUAAGGUCAGCGUUCAGUUGGAUCAGGUUACAGCUAAGCUGAAUGACAAACAGGAAUACUGUACUCAGCUGGAAGCCAAUCUUAAAGACUACAAAGAAAAACACCUUUAUUUAGAACAGAAAACUGAAGAGCUAGAGGGACAGCUUAAGAAACUUGAAACUGACAUUCUUGAUGCUAAAGCAAGUAAAGAACAAGCUCUUCAGGAGUUACAGCAACAGCGACAGCAAUCCACGGAAUUAGACCUCCGAACAGCAGAACUGAGUAAACAACUUGAAUCGGCAAGAGAAGCGAUGUCUAAUGCUAAAUUGGAUUUGCAGAAGAAAUCUGAGGCCCUUGACCAAGCAAACCAGCAAAUUUCAAAGCAGGAGGAGGAGAAGGCCAGUCUCAAAGAAAACCUUGAGAAAUCAAAUCAAGAUACAAGUAAACAGCUUAAGGAGUUAGACUGUAAACUGCAAGCGGCCACAUCAGAGCUGCAACAAGUGAAAUUAGAGAAGGAUACUCUGUUAAAGGACCUUACAGAUACCAAAGAUAAGCUCUCAAAUAGCUCUGAAUCCUUCAAGAAAAAAAAGGAGGAAUUAGAAAAAGAAAUUAAAAAAGGAAAAGUAGCUAUGGCAGAAAUGGAAAAAUCUUGCCAAGAAUUAAAACACCAGCUCCAGAUACAAACAGAGUCUGUAGCUAAAGAGAGGAAUGAAUUGAAAAACUCACUGGAAAAAAAGGAGGGGAUUUCUAAGCAGUUGUCGAUAGACCUUGAUUCAGCACGAGCACAACUACUGGAAAUCCAAGGUCUUCUGAAGGACAAAGAAAAAAGUGAGCAACAUCUUCAGGGAAAGCUGAGAGAGUUUAAGGAAUCUUUUGAGCAGAAGAAAAAACAUAAUGAGACACUUCAAGCUGAAUUAAAAACUGCCCUUUUAGAAAAGGCAGAACUGGAGAAUAAACUGCAACAGCAGUCUAUUUUGUCAGCACAGGAGCUUAAAGCAGAGAAAGGCAAGCUAGCAGACUUACAGAAGGCCCAUGAUAAACAUAAAGAAAACAUGGAGAAGCUGCAGUUGGAUCUUUAUGGGAAAGAGUCUGAGCUGCUGGCUACCAGACAAGACCUUAAGUCCACAGAAGAAAAACUUGCUCUAGCUCAAGAAGAAUUAGUUUCCAGCAGAAAUCGAAUUGCUAGCUAUAAUCAGCAGAUUCAGGAACUGAAGAAAGCAAAGUCUGCACUGGAGCAGGAUGCAUCAAAGAAGGAGCAGCAGCUGGGUGAGAAGACCAAAAUGUUACAGGAUCUUCAGAAUGAUAGGACUUUGAAAGAAAAAGACUUGGCUAAUGAAAAAUGUAAAACAACAGAGCUCCAGGAAAUAAGGAGUAGACUUGAAAAAGAAAUUACCAAGCUGGGUGAAGAGCUUAGAGCCUGCAAGCAAGAAUUUCAGAAGGAAGUGACAAAUUUCAAGGAUGCAAACCAGCUAUUGAUUCAACAGAAAUUAGAACUUCAGGGCAAAAUAGAUAGUAUGAAUUCAACUCUGGAACAGGAGAAAAAAAACCAACAAACUGUUAAAGAUCAGCUGAAAAAGAGAGAAGAGGAGCUGAAGAAAGAAUGUGCUGAAAUGGAAGCCAAACUGCACACAGAGAAAAAAGACAAAGAAGAAGAAAAACGGAAACAUGAGGAAAAGGAGACCAAGCUUACCAUGCAGGUCACAGCCCUGAAUGAAAACCUGGCUACCAUGAAGAAAGAGUGGCAAAGCAGUCAGAGGCGCGUGAGCGAGCUGGAGAAACAGACGGACGAUUUACGUGGGGACAUUGCUGUCUUGGAAGCAACAGUGCAGAAUAAUCAGGAUGAGAGAAGAGCAUUGCUGGAGAGGUGUAUAAAAAGUGAGGGAGAAAUUGAAAAGCUUCAAACCAAACUCGUAGAAAUGAAGAAAAAGCUGGACAACACAACUGCUGCAAUGCAGGAACUUGGCCGAGAAAACCAGUCAUUACAGAUCAAACACACACAAGCUCUCAACAGGAAGUGGGCAGAAGACAAUGAGGUACAGAAUUGUAUGGCCUGUGGAAAAGGCUUUUCGGUGACAGUGAGAAGGCAUCACUGUAGACAGUGUGGAAAUAUCUUUUGUGCCGAGUGCUCAGCAAAGAAUGCCUUAACUCCUUCUUCUAAGAAGCCUGUCCGAGUCUGUGAUACUUGCUUUAAUGACUUGCAAGGGUAACUGGUGAUUGUGAGUGACAAAGAAAAGUUACACUAAAAUUUGCUAUUUCUGUUGAUGCACUUCGUUCAGCACUCAGACUACUAUUCAGUUUGGACAACGAUUGUAACACUUGGCAAAAUUUAGUAUAUUUUAAAAUGUUUAUUGAUACCAAGCAAAACUAUUGUAUUUUUUUGUGAGACAUGGGCUCAGAUCAUCCAUAGUUUAUUGCCAUUUAUCAUGGAAAGAACUUUUAUGUCUAGAUUAGAAAUACCCAGUUAUUUGUAAAUAAAGUUUAAACAGAGGAGAGUAACAAUGUAUUUUUUUAUCUUUUAUUUUUUUGUUCAAGAGAAACAGUGUUUAUUGUGAUAUUGAAGUUUAUUCUUGUUUCCUUCAAAGAAAAAGGAAGAUGCAAAAACUUGUGAGGAUUUUAUGUAUCAAAUGUUGCUGUAAAAGCAUAACUAAUUGUUGCAUUUGAUUGCAUAUCUGAUGUUCUUUAUAGCCUCUUGUGAUUUUGUUUUCUUUCUAUCUCUCUGAUUCUUGCAAUUUUCUCUCUAAAGUUUCAGCUCCAGAGUGAAUAUUGUGGCUGGACUCAACUUCAACUCAGUUUUAUUUGCCCACUUGUAAUAUCAGCACUCCAGUCCUCAUCCAAAUACUGCACUUGGGUACUGGAACAUCUUUACAUAUUAUGCUGUUGGUGUGUGAGUGUAUCUGUCUGGCUGAGAGAGAGAAUGUGUGAACAAAUGAUGAGGCAAAGUUUAUCUGGCAUUGUAGCAAUAUUACAAGAUGCAUUACAAUGUUUCAUCUCAUAUUGAUUGAUUUCACUUUUACAUAUUUGGUUGAUGAAUUCUAAUCUUCCAGAAACCACAGUUUUAAAAAGCAAACGAACAAUACUGGCCUGUAGCACAUCUCUGCUCCUGCCCAUACCUUGGAAACCUUUCUUACUGUGAUUCUGUUUGUACCUCUUUGUUUCUGCCUGCCUGUCUCUAACUUUUCUUCCCUUUGUAUCUGGUAUUUCAAAACCCUUAAGGUUAUUUCUUCCAAGUAGGGAUUAUGCCUUCCAAUAUUUAGGGACUCUCUGUCUUAAAUACCGUAAUACCAAAUUUUGCCAGCUGUUCAGAGAAAAGGAUUGUGUUCUGAAUUCCUCUACUUCUUGCCCGAGGUAGAGAAUGAAAUUCUGUCACAGUGAUAGAAGCUUAGCCAUCAUCAGGAAGAUUUGUUUGCUUUUAUCUAUUGACAGCUCUAUAUGUGAAUGAGGAUGAGGAAGAGUCUCCUUUAUGAAAAAUAUCUUGUCCUGAUUAACUAUCAAGUGAAGAAACUUCUUAAUCCCUCUAUUCCAGAAGUGGUGGUCUAUAUAUUUCAUAUCCCUUCUUAACUUACCUGUCUAGUUCUACAUUGGCAGCUUCAAGGAGUUUUCUUGAAAUUAAGUUCUUAUUUUCCAAAAGCCAAAUGAAUGAUGUAACUGGUUUUCCUCACUGUAAAAGGGUCUGGAAUACAACUGUGUGUUAUGUGAAAUACUGAUGUGCUUUUUUGGUUUGCACUUAAAAAUUACUUGCUCAAAAAAAAAAAAUAAUGCUGCAACAGUUCCAUAUGAACAGAGCCACUGGACUCCCUGUUUCUCCUCAUCAAUGUAACUGUUUGGCAUAAGAAUCUUUUGAAUAGAAAAAUAUGAACAGAAUCUCUGCCUCUAGGAAAUUUUAGGGGUUUUAUUUAUUUAUUGAGAGCAACUGAAAAAUUUGCUUUUUUGGUCUGACACAGGACUUCAGAAAUACGGGAAAAUUAAAGAUGUGACAAUCAUGCUCCAGCCUAGAUGCAUUCUGCCCUGUUGUGUAACACACAGAGUCUCAUGUUGCCCUCAGGGUAAAGGACAACCACAUGGAACAGGAGGGAUUUUGAGAGGGAAGGGAGAAAGUUCCCACAGCUACAGAGGAAGAUGGAAAUUUUUCAGGGGGAGCUAAGAAAAUGGUUAAAAGACUCACUCAUGUUUAGGCAUUUUGCUUUUGAAUGGGAAUAUGUGAAGGCUCAGGAGAGACUUCUGCAGUGGUAGAAGCUUUAUUAGGGUUGUUCUUAAUUCAGCUUUUUGGGAUCCCAUCGUGUCAUGAGGAGAGGCACCUCACUCAGCAGGCUGCUGAAACACUGCAGUUGAUUCACUGCAGAUCACACCUUGGUCUGGAGCUCUUCACCUUCAGGGACAAAACCAGCUGAAUUUUUGAAAGUUGCUUUUUGCUGCCUGGUUUAUAUGAUCAGGUUUUCAAGGGGAUGAGAGUGCUUUUCAAACAUGCAUUUUUAGAAAGAGAUAUUGUUAAAAUCUGGAGAAAUUGUGGUGGGCUGUAAACUUUUCUGCCUGAGCAUUGCGUCUGCAACAAUAGGCCAGGAUUUCUACAGCUUGUCACUGUAGUAAAUUUAUUAUUCCAUUGCCAAAUCUUAUGCUCCUUUUAUGCUUAAAAUUUUUAGUGCUGAUCUGUAUUUGUUGAUGAGUUGAUGGUAUACUACACCCUAUAAUCACUGGCUUCACUGCCAGGUUGGAAGUUGUGCUCAAGCUCAGUAAAAUGUUCCAUAGUAAGGGAAACUGGAAGGUGAAAAGCUUUGUAUUUACAAAUCUGCCUGCAGACUCUGACUGUUUUGAUGGGCACGUUUCAGUAGAAAUGUAGGCUUUUUGUUGCACUGCUUUAAAAUCUAAGUGAUAGGAAAACCUAGUAAAAAGCCUGGUGACUGUUACCAUGCUUAGUUAAAGGAUUCCAGACAAAAUAGUUUAGUGUACUGACUUUUCAGACCACAGACACAGGAACAGAGGGGAAAACUAAUAAAAUGGCAGAAGAGACUAGAGUCUUGGAACUGGAGGAAGCAUGGUGAUUUGUUUUCACAGCCUCUAGUAAGAGGCAGAUUGCUCUGAUUCACUGAGGAGUGGCCAUUAUAGAGGAAGAGGGGAAAAUAAUGAUAAAACCAGCACUCAAACCAGUAGAUGUGUGGAUUCCUCCAGCUACCAUUGGUUACUAGUUAUUACCGUGGCAUCAGGAAUGGGACAGUGAAGUGUGGGCUUUAUUCUUGAGACUAUCUCCUCUUCAGGACACUUCAUCCACAUUCAGGAUUUCUGGGAGAGCAAAAUGUGACAGACUAGCUGCUACAUGGGCAGAGACAAGCUGUGGAAGCUAUCAUAAAAAUAAAGUAAGGAUAGUCUUGGUAAGGGUGGGGAGAGGUUCUUUAACAUCACCUGUCUUUCCAGUCAAAGACCCACAGACUCUUGCAUGUUUUCCUCCAAAAUGCCAAAUCCUACUGUUCCACUCUGACUUCAUGUCAGCAAUAUGUCGUAUUUCUGUCUUGCAACCCUUCUAGAGGCAGGUGGGGUUGCAGAAGUCAGUUGGCAGGCUUUUGAUCUUAGCUGGCUGUGCUUCUCUGUUAUUUAUUUCUUUUCCCCCUGUAUUCCCCACAGUAAUCUUCCCCCUUCUGCAAAGGUUGAAUGAAGAGGAUAAAAUUAGUGAGUCACAGUAGGAAAAGUUGCUGUCUGUAGAUGAAAAGACAAAAGGAAUUUUCUGCUGGAGCUUCCAAUAGAGGCAAGAGGUUUACAGGGAUCUCAUUUUUCAGCUGGCUUCACUCUCUGGCACAAGAGUCCAAGGCUGUAGGGUACUGUGUGGGUUUUUUCCUCUGUUUUUGGAAGGUGUCAAGUAACCAAGUUUCCAUGGAAUGUGGAGUGCUAGGUACACAAGAACAAUGAAUAACUACUUUUGUUGGCUUUGGGACCUUGAGGAUUAUUUGUGAAUCCUCACUGGAAAAGCUUUCUUAGUGGAGCAAGAAGGGAUUUGGGAGCAGAAGCAUGAAGUACCCUUUCUGUGUUUGUAUUACCUGAGCAAGAGCAAUUGAGCCUCUCCUGCUAGGUGUAAGAGAAAUGACAUUCCUAAAGAAGGGAUCUGGGAAAACUCCGGUACUUUUCUGGAUUGUUCAGUUAACCAUGGAGUGGGAAUAGAUGCUUGUUGCAAAACUUUAAAAAUUUAUGGUCAGUGCUCAGUGAUGGACAGAAAACUGCUGGAGCUGAAGUUCAGGAGAAUAUAAACUAUGUUUGGAAUAUGUUGAAACUGGUAAAUUACUCCUCCAAGUACCACCACUCCUGCUCUCAUAUUCUUGCAGGACUAGGAAACAGCACUGUCAUUUGCACUGUGCACUUUUUGCUGUCUAACUAAUAGGACCUACAGUAAAUGGAAUGGCAUAAUGUGCACUGCAUCUAUUAGCUGUAGUCAUUGGACAGAAGGUUUAUCAUUAGCUGGAUUUUUCACUGUAUACAUUUGGCCCCUUGCUGUUUAAGGAGAAUUGCACUCACAAUUCCUUUUACCAAAAACACAGUCAUCUGAGAGCACAUAUAAUAGCAAAAGCCAUGUUAGUCACAUACAUGUUAUCUUUGUAGAACUUGAUUAUAAGAUUAUAAAAUGAGAAAAAAAUGUUUUCUUUGUAUUUUCAAGGAUCUUGCCAGUUGUGCAGUUCUUAGGUUCUGAAGUCUUGAACUCAGCACCCUUCUAGGAUAAGUUUAAAAUUAUUGUCCAACAGCCUCUCCAAAAGCACAGAAUGAUGUACUUUUCAAAACCAGCUAUAACUGAAUAAUAAAGUCCCACCACAGAAACUCAGUUUGGGAGGUAUUUUUCUGUUUCUGUUUUUAAGGGGCACUGAAUAAAGAGAUGCAUGUUUAGAGAGAAUACUAGAUACCACUUAAGUUCACAAUAAGGAAGGGUAUAGGUCCUGGGUAAUGUAAUGAACUCUGCCUAUUGCCUGUAGCUCUCCACAUACUAUGUGCUCACUGUGCAGCAGAUCAAGAUGUAUCUGUGCAUUUGAAGAUUACUGGACCCCUGCUAACCCUUUGGAUCCAUGUUACUAUGAAAGCAGAAGCCUGGUGUUUCCAGUUUUCCCUCCCCCUAUGGCCUAAACUAAACACUAAGAACAAAUUCAUCUGUAUUUCUUGUCUUUUUUGGGUAAAGAGGGCUGGGGAAGAGUGUUCAUUGUUAUAUGUCAACAGGCCGGUGCUGGCAGGUCCAGGCUACUGCUGUUGGCUUUAUGGCAAAGUCCUCCACUGUGUCAUGCUGAAGCUUCAUUUCUGGCACAAAAAGGAUGUUUGAAAGUAUGUCUUGCUGGGUUAACAAAUACCAGAACUUUUUAUAGUAAUAUGUCCAAAAUGCUGCUUGUAUAGGAAUUGUCACUUUUGUAAGAAAAGAAAAAAAGGCACAAAAAAAAAAAUCAUACGACCUCCCCAUUUGAUGCCAUUACAUAAGAUUUCAUUUAAGCUACCUCUCAGUGUGCAAUUCACACAUUAGGUAAGUUUAAUAAGGUUUUCUCACUGACAUGUUAUAGUUAUAGUGAAUAAAGUCAUAGUGAAUGCCAAAAUUGCGAAAGUUUACCACCAAAAAGGAAAAGUUGUCUUUAUUUUUUAAUGUGUGUUUGAAAGAAUCCAACAUUUUCAAGUUAUUAUAAACUCUGUUAUAUUCUUUUAACUUCUGUAGUUUCAACCUUGCAAACUCUAGCUGCUGGACAGGAAAUAAAUCAUGCCUUCAUAAUUGCAGUCUGCUGGGUAAAAACAAUUUUGUAUGCAGCUUUGUCAUUUGGAUAUAGAUAACCUCAGUCACCAAAUGUACCAUUAAUUUGGUUGUCUUUUUCUUCAGAGCUUGGGGUAUGAAGUUGAUGAAUGGUAUUCUGUAAUGGAUGUGUGCCACAAAUUACAUGGUCUCAUUUGCCUUUUCUGAAUUUUAAUGAUCAGUUUAUUAUUGCAGAUGUGAAUAUUGUUCAUACAGCCUAAUUUCUGUAUAAUUGUAUAAAAUAUAAAUGGAAAAAAUUAUAAGUUUUUAUCCAAUAUAUAGAAAUAAUGUAUAAUAAUAGACUUACGUUGUGGUUUUACUUACAGAGUACUGUACUUCUUUUAAACUGGAUCAUACCAUCUUGAUAGGUGUAGGUAGGGUUUUUUUGCAUGAGUGUGUUUUGGGUUUGUUUCUUUUUAAUUGAAGUUUGAGUCUCUUAAGUUCUGUGUUCAGUGUUUGUGUUUACUACUUGUGAUCAUGUAGUUGUGCCUUACAUUGUGAAAGAAUUUAGUCCAGUGUGCACUGUAAUUCUUAAACUCUGUGAUUUGGAAGGUGGCUGUGGAUUUGAAUGAGAAGGUGACACCCUGCAUCAACCAGUUCUGUAUAAAUGAUAAAGAAAUGUUACUGAAAUGUCGUUUUUGUUUUCUAACCUGUUAAAGGAAUGAUUAAUAACAAUAAAAAAAAGUUAGACCUUUCUAA